AUGUCCAAUAUGCUCGAAGCACAAAAGAAAAAGAAAGAAGAUGCCAAGAGGAACAACAAAUCUUCUGGAAAGGACCAAGAGAACUCUCCCAAGAAGAUAUUACAGAAAAAGCGAAAGCAAAAAAUUAUUUAUGGGAACAAGGGAAGCAAUUCACAACUUCCCAUGAAAGAGGGGAAGAAUGCAAACGAUCAUGAACAACAAAUUAUUCACGGUGAGUUUGAGAGCCUUGGCGAAGAUAACCCAUUGAAUAAUUCUAACGCUACCUUAAUAGACAAUAACAUUGACAAUACGUGUUUGUAUCCCCUCCUUCAUGCUUGCGAGGAGUUAGAAAGUGAGAAAUUCAAAGAAUGCAGCAAAAGCAACAUAAAACAGGAUCAAAAUGAUUCUUUUGAGGAGGAAGUUGCUGAUCAACAACAAGAAGAAGAUAUCAAUGGUGAUUCAGAUCUCAACAAAAUUACUUGUGAAGAUGGUCUCCCAGAUAAUUCUGAUCGUAUUAUAAACGUCAAUAUUAUCAAUUAUGGCUCGAGACUUUUGGCAAGAGAUGAAAAUGAUGGAAACUAUCAUAUCACACAAGGAAUACCGAGAAGUACAAAAUUUCGUUCCAUCGACAACCUCUAUAAGUGUACUUCCAGGAUCUCACCAAUUGAAGAUGAAUAUAAUUGGAAUUUUCCAACUAAAGAAGACCCAAAUAUGAAUCAUUUGGCAAACGAAUAUUCAAGUAUCAAAACAAACGAAAAGAACGUUGGUUGUGAGAGAAAAGGGAGAAACAACAAUGGAGAAAAGGAUUUUGAUACUUCUUCCCCCUAA